UCAGCUUUUCUGUAGUCCACUCCACACCGACCACACGUCUCCCUCCGCUGGAACGAAUCCGAUCUCCAGUUUUUGGAGUUAAUAAUGUAAUAAAAAAAAAGGAAUUCAAAGUAUAUCAAAAUUAAAUUAUGAAUUCUAUGUAUUCGCUUCGAUGCGUUUAUAACAUACACUUAAAGUAUAUCCUAAAAUAUCAUGUACUUCGAUACAAAUCCAAUCAUUCUUGCAAACAAGAGUUUAUUGUUUACGACCAAUUGAUGCAAAAACGACGGUUGCAGUCCAAGCGGAGUGUCUUAGUUCAAGUAUGCUCUGAAAAUUCGUGUUCGGAUUUGUAUAAAUAUUGUUCAGAGUUCGGUGGAAUCAAAAAUAUGUUCCACUACCAACUUGCUGGUACCAAUCAUUUUGUACUAACCGAAUUUGAAGACCAAACCGCUGUCGAUGCACUACUCAAUGAUAGUGCACACAUAGAAGAUUCAAAUGUGAUUGCCGUUAGGUCACCUUUUCUUUGGUUUCGUUCCAGUUCUAGUAAGAAAACCAAAUUAAUAAUGAACAAUGAUAUGGUUCAGCCAUUUAAAGUUAACGAAAUUAUGAUCGAGCCAAAUAUUAAAACAAUUCAGUUUAAUAAAGUUGAAUCAUUAUCUAGUCAGAUGAUGUUAUUAUUAGAAAGUAUCCAGUUAAAUGACAUCGGCUCAAGAUUACGAUUUCUGACAGCGAUACAAAUUGAAAAUGCUCUCAAAGGAAUAUUUCCUUUAUCAAAAGUGUUGCCGUUUGGAUCUUCUGUCAACAGUUUUGGUAAAAUUGGAUCAGAUAUCGAUCUAGUUUUAACAAAUGAUAAAACAAAUAUCAAUAAAUCUAGUCGUUUAAUAUACCAUGGUAAAUGUAUGUCCAACAACAGCCGUACACAAACACAGCGACACAUUGAGCUGUUAGGAGAUUUGUUGCAAUUAUUUUUACCUGGAUGUUCAAAAGUUAAACGAAUUUCUCAAGCUAAAGUACCGAUCGUUAAAUACUCGCAAGACUUUGUCGGUGUGGAAUGUGAUCUGACUGUGUCCAAUGAAACUGCUGUACGUAUGUCAGAACUUUUAUACAUAUUCGGAUGCUUUGACUACAGGGUCAGACCUUUGGUCUUUACUAUAAAAAUGUGGGCUCAACAAGUUAAUAUAACAAACGAUACCCCUGGUCGAUGGAUUACAAAUUUUUCUUUAACGUUGUUGGUUUUAUUUUAUCUACAACAGGAAAAUAUUAUUCCGCCUAUUCAGACUUUAGUUAAGCUAGCUGGAAGCAACGACGUUCAUAUCACAGACGAUGGAGUAAAUUGUACUUUUCUUAGAGAUAUAACAAAGUACAGUCACAAACAAACCAACAGUAAAUCAUUAGAACAACUUUUACUGGGGUUCUUCGAGUAUUUUGCAGCGUAUGACUUUAAUACCAAUGCUAUAUCAUUAAACUUUGGAACCGUUGUAGCAAAACCUGAAUAUAGUGCUUUGUAUAUUGUUAAUCCACUCGAAGUACAUUUUAAUGUAAGCAAAAACGUAAGUCCUGAAGAAUUAGAAAGGUUUAGAAUAGAACUGAGAAAUGCAGCAUGGGUGAUCGAUUCUAGUAUACAUAGCCAAAAUACGUUGCAAUUAUUCGACAUUUUCAAAAGUAUUGAAAUUAGUAAGAAUAUAAAAAAACAAAAUAUUUUUAAUUACGAAUACCAGACAAAUACAUCCAAUAGAUUAGUAACCGUCAAAGACUUAUUUGUAGAAGACGAACAUAAUAAGAGACUGAAUACACAGUUAAAAAACUCAAAAGAAAGAAAAAUAUAAACUUGUAUAUUUUAC